AUGAAACUCCGCUGGCUGGUUCCAUCUCUUAAGAUGAGUUGGCAUCCAUAUGUUGUAGACACUCCUCGUGAAUUUGUAUACCGCCCGUUUCUGCUUGCCAUCUUGUUCCGUGAAAUCAAAUUUGCGAAUCGGGUGGCGGUAGAAAGCGGUUCUGUCUGCUCCAAGAACAGCAUAAUGGCCAUAUAUCCUCACUGCUGUGUGGUCAUGCGAGAUUGA